AUGCGCAAGAGCACCCAAGAAAUCAGGAUCUAUAUCGACGACUCAAAUCUAUGGAUUCAAGGCCAGAAAGCAUCCGCUCAGAAACAUCGGUACCGCGUCGAAUCAGACCCUACCUGGAGGUUUGACGCUGGCAAGCUGAAGAACGUCUUGACUCAGAACUGCGGCCUGCCAGCCGAUGAGGACAUCAAAGCUAUCGUCGACCUAUAUGGAUCGACUCCCCCCAACGUUGAGUCGAUAUGGAAUGCUAUCAAGUCUUGCAAGGUGGAAGUACACACGUUUGAGCGGAGUUCGUGGAGAAGCCGCGAAAAAGAAGUCGACGCGGAGAUCAUUGCGGCCUCAGUAUCCGACGCCGCUGAUCUGUAUUACGAAGGAAAACCCGGUAUUUUCAUUAUCGUCUCUGGCGACAAAGAUCUCCUACGCGCUGUACUAAGGAUCGCUAAGAGAGGAUUCGAAGUCCACGUUUGGUCAUGGACAAACGGAAUGUCAGGGGCGUACGCGCAGCCCAAGGAAGAAUGCCGUCUCCUGAUGGACCAAGGGCUCGUCAAAAUACACUAUCUCGACGAACAUAUGGAUAAAUUCAGUUUUUACGAAACUGAUUUCAAUCUUGAAAAGAGCGAAAUACCUCCCCACAGCAUUGUCAUUCGGGAUCCUUUGCCUCAAGCCGAGGUGGUCGACCAGGCUGUCAAGAGUCUCCGCAUUCCACAUUACCGAUACCGCAAUCAACCUCGUGGAGGUUCUCGAGACGACCUUAUUAUUAUACCUGCCUGCGAGCUUGAGCAUAAAAUCCAUACCGAACUGUUUCAAGACAUGACGGAAAGACUCAAGCAGCACGGCCUCAAGGUUAUGACAUACGUCGCAUAUAAUUCAAAACACACCGAAAGCUCCAAAAAUGGGAUGGUAGCCCCGAACCGCUUCAAGACGCUUGAUACGAACAACAUCGUCGAAUCAGGGGAUAACAAUGAUGAUGCGGGUUUUACGGCCGUCAAGACGCGCCAGAAGAAACAGAAGCAGCGCCUAAAGGCGGACGAGAGAAAGAUUCACAACCGUUGCCACUGGCGUAUGCAUUGCAGGGAGGGCAUUUACUGCAAAUAUGGACAUACCAAGGAGGAGACGGCCGCCUUCAAGACGUAUGGAAAGCGGGAAGCAAUCAAGUAUAAAUUCUGCCCAGACGAAAAUUGCUUCAAAAAGAAGUGCAGCUACGCUCAUACGCUGGAUGAGUUGUUUUGUCCGACAUGUGACGAGAAGGGAGUCCAUGAAAUGAGGAAUUGUCCAGAGAAGAGGCUUCACUCUAUUCUGAGGUACGCCAGCUGA